AUGUCUUUCGUUUGGGUACAGCAGUGGGUUGCGCUUCCUGUCGUUGUCGAGAGAGAGAUGGGUGAUAUACCGUCCGAGUCCCGGUCCCACCCCAUGGACUUCACCGCAGCUGGUCUUGCGCGUGAUGACCAACAUGCGCCAAUUCCAUCCUCAUCGCCUUACAAGACGCAUGACAACAACGCCCCGUUUUACUCUCAACUAAGCUCUAUCCCCCAAGCACAGCAUCGACCCGACCAUCGUUCUUCCGCACAAACAACUCAGUACUAUCCAUCGCAACAACAUGAACCCUCCACGUUUAGGAUGGGUGCAAUGGUUGGCGCAUUGCCCGAGUAUAGCUCCGAAACAGCGUCAUUCCAACAACAGUCGGUUCCUCGUUCGCUAUCCGGUGCAUCCACGUCUGCCCUUGUCUAUCAACUCGGCCAAAGUUUGCAAAUGCCUGCGCACACUUCAGGCAGUAUGUCCGUCCACCCUUCGUACGGCUCAGGUUACGCAACCAGUCCCUAUCAACAAAGCUAUAUGCCACCGCAAAAUGCGCAGAGCGGAAUCUAUCCUACGUACAACACAGCUCAGUCACAGGUCCAAGGCGUGAAUCCAAUGCACAAUCCUUACCAGCAAUACCCGCAAACAUCUCAAUACAUGUACUAUCCCACGCCGUAUGGAGCACAGGGACACUUUUCUGUAGGCUAUGCAGUGCAAGGCGUACAAGGUCAGGCAAUGUUUGGAAGGAGGGCUAGUCUGGUGACAGCACCCAUUGGAAACCCUAGCCAGAAUGCCGAGCUCUCACCCCACGAUGCUAGCUACACAGGUGCAAGAAUGGUACACGGGGACCCCCCUACAAAUGCUGUGGCAUUCGGCGCACCAUUUUAUCCAGGUCCUGCAAUACCUCGCUCUGCAUCUGUUAGCUCGAUUCCCCGUGGACCGCCUCGGAAACCAAAGCAGUCUGGUCAUGCCCUUUGGGUAGGCAAUCUCCCACCAGGCACGACAGUGGUAUCUCUUAAGGACCACUUUUCCCGCGAGGCUACCAAGGACAUUGAAAGCCUUUUCUUGAUAUCCAAGAGCAAUUGCGCUUUUGUCAACUAUCGUACCGAACACUCCUGCACUGCGGCCAUGCACAGGUUUCACGAUUCACGCUUCAAUGGCGUACGUCUUGUCUGUCGAUUGCGUCGCAGCUUAGCGCCAGCAUCAGGAGUGCCUAUAGGUCCCUCAGCUAUGGUUGGCACUCAGCAGACGAGUGCGUCUCCGCCAAUGUCUCCCAAGCAGGCUAGCGAAGCCGUGGAUGGCUUGCAAGACGAGGCACCGGAAUCGCCUGUACACCAGAGUGGCGGUGAGACUCUCAGUAACUCCACAGCCGCUAACAAGUAUUUUAUUGUCAAAAGCCUUACCUUGCAAGAUCUGGAACUCAGUAUACGGAAUGGAAUCUGGGCCACCCAAUCUCACAACGAGGAUGUAUUGAACAAAGCCUACCGUUCUGCAGAGAAUGUGUAUCUAAUCUUCUCGGCCAACAAGUCCGGAGAGUACUUUGGCUACGCACGUAUGAUAUCGCCCAUCCUAGAAGAUGGUCCAGACCUCGCACGAUCAGCUCCAAAUCCCGAGAACAUUAUCGAUGCACCAGAUGUUCCCAAGUCGAUUCCUACACCAGCAACGGAAUGGGCUCCAAGGGGUAGAAUCAUCGACGAUUCAGCUCGUGGGACAAUAUUCUGGGAAGCAGAACUGUCCGAAUCAGAGGGCGAAGGAGAGGUGACGGAGAAGGUUGAGAAUCAUGUUGACGAGGACUCUGCUGUUGUCGCGCAGAGCUGGGGCAAACCGUUCAAGAUUGAAUGGCUUUCUGCAAAUCGCCUCCCCUUUUAUCGCACUCGCGGCCUUCGCAAUCCCUGGAACGCCAAUCGCGAAGUCAAGAUCGCACGAGACGGUACUGAGCUUGAACCCAGCGUUGGUGAACGUUUGAUACAAAUGUUCCACCGUCUGGGCCCGACAAGCUCGGGGAUUCCGAUGAUGCCACCAGUACAGCUUGGUGGGCCCGUCAUCCCUCAGAUGCGACCCUUUUAG